AUUCACUUCAAGGCUUAUCAUUAGUUAAGCACAGUGACGAGAACAAGACCCGGUUCGGUUCACCGUCACCGGUUCAAUGUAUUCCACAUAUCCGGUUCACUAACAUAGCCUUCUCCGUUUGUUGUUUUUGCAUUUUAAUUUUAGUUUAAUUUAAAUUUUUUUCCAUUCUUCUUCUUUCUGUUAUCUCUCUCUCUUCUUAUCUCAUUUCGCAUAGUUUUUCUCUUUUUCUUCACACCCAGUACACAGGCACCGACCCGAGUUGAACGAGUCGAGUCAGCUCCGAACCCGUUUUGAUGCUUCUUACCCAAAUGGAGAUUGAAUCUGGUUCUGAGGUUUCUGCGUCUAACUCUGUUGUUGGAUAUUGAUUUGGAGGAGGGGGAAGUAUAGAUAGGGUUAGGGUUUUCUUCAAAGCAUUGAUUUUUGUUGAGGGUAUAUUAGGGUUUGAUUCGAGAAGGGGAAUAUAGGCGCGGGUUAGAGGAUAAUGUGUAUACUGUGUGUGAUUCAGAAGUGGUCUCGCCGGGUUGCUACAAUGCUACCUUGGUUGGUUAUUCCGUUAAUUGGUCUCUGGGCGCUUUCUCAGCUUCUACCGCCGGCGUUUCGGUUUGAGAUCACUUCGCCUCGUCUGGCUUGUGUAUUUGUUUUGUUGGUUACUCUCUUUUGGUAUGAGAUUUUGAUGCCUUGGUUGUCAGCAUGGCGUUUGCGGAGGAAUGCUCGGCUUAGGGAGAGGAAGAGAUUUGAGGCCAUUGAAAUGCAGAAGCUAAGGAAGACAGCUACAAGGCGGUGUCGCAACUGCUUGAAUCCGUAUAGGGAUCAGAACCCUGGUGGGGGUCGGUUUAUGUGUUCGUACUGUGGGCAUGUUUCGAAGAGACCAGUUUUGGACUUGCCUGUGCUGCCAGGGUUGAGGAUUUCAAAUUCUGGUAUAGUUAAGGACUUGGUUGGAAAAAGUGGUAAGAUAUUAAAUAGCAAGGCUUGGUCUGAAAAUGGCUGGAUGUGCAGUCAGGAUUGGUUGGAAAACAGCAAUUGGGUUGGUGGGUCUAUUCUAGGUAAUCCUAGCAACUGGAGGACAAAUGGGAAUGUCAGUCUAUUAGAAGGUGACGAGCAUUGCUUGACAGAAAGGUCAUAUUCUGGUAUUAUGUUUUCUGUUUGCAAGCUUUUGAGAUAUUUUUUCUUGAGCAUUAGAUGGCUUUGGAGAAAGGCUUUUAGAGUUAGUUCAAGGGAAGAAUGUUCGUCUGAUGCUGAACAUAGGGCACUCUUAGCAAAACGGGGUGAGAAUGGGGCAUGCCUCAAUGAAAGUAAAGGGGAAAGAGCACGCAGGAAAGCUGAGGAGAAAAGACAGGCUAGGCUAGAAAAAGAACUUUUGGAGGAGGAAGAGAGAAAGCAGAGGGAGGAAGUUGCAAGGCUAGUGGAGGAGCGUAGGAGGCUGAGAGAUGAGAAAAUGGAAGCUGAAAAAGAUUGCAGCAAAUUAUCACAUCCUAGUAAGGAGAAAGACAGUAGGAAGGAAGCUGAAAGGAAGCGUCAAGAAAAACGAAAAGAGAAAGAUAAGGGGUCUAGUAAGAGCAACUCUGAUGUGGAAGAACUGGAUAGAAGAUCUGGCAAGGAAAGUGAACGGAAGAGGGACUUUGAUAAAAAGAGUGAAAGUGAUCGUAGAGAGCAUCCGAAAUCUGGUUUAGAGAAUAGCAAGGGACAGAGUACAGAAAAUCCGCAUAGUAAAAACGUUGCUGCAAACAGUUAUAGCCGAGGAAGUACUGGAACAAGGUAUCUUGACCGCAUGCGUGGUACAAUUUUGUCUUCUUCAAAAGCAUUUGGUUUUGGUACGAGUAUUAACGUUCCUAGCACAGUGGUGAAAGAAAACAAAUUUAACAGUUCUGUGGAUCAUGUUCCUUCUACUACCAGCAGGAGAGAUAUAUGUCCCCCUGAUCGUCCAACUGCUAAAUCCAAUGUGAAUGGGGACGAUAGGAAUAUGAAUCACUCUAUUCUGCCAGAACAACAGCCAUGGACUGCACCAAAAAAGUCGUGGCAGCAAUUAUUUACUCGUUCCUCAUCUGUUCCUCAAUCCUCAAAUUCAAAUGUAAUAUGUAGACCAAAUUCCAAAAUUCAAAUAGAAGCCAAAAGCCCUCCAUCAUCUAGCCAGUCACCGGUUACACAAUCGUUUAAUAAUCCAAUUCACUUUGGUCUUCCAUCACCAUUUAACAUUUCUACCUAUCCAAAUGGAUCAACCUGUAGUAGUUUAUGUUUUUCUCCUGCAACUGAACCCUUAUUCUCUCCAGUUGAAAAUACAUCUCAUGACUUUAGACAUGAAGAGCAAGAGCUUUUUGAAGACCCUUGUUAUAUCCCUGAUCCUAUAUCCUUGCUUGGUCCUGUUUCCGAGUCACUUGAUAAUUUUCAGUUGGACUUGGGAAGUGGCUUUGUGACAGAUACGGAAAUAGCAAAACCUCAUUCUUUAAAAAACACAUCUGCUGGUUCUGACAUCAACAAGCCAUCUCCAAUUGAGUCCCCAUUGUCCCGAGAAAAGAUUAGCUGUUCUAAUCAGUUUCCAAUUACUCGCCAAGCCCAGGAUAUGCAUGCACUUGCCUUGGAUGAUACAGCUGCAAAUGAGAAGGGAACAUGGCAGAUGUGGAGUACUUUGCCACUUGGUCAAGAAGGUUUAGGUUUGGUUGGUGGCCCAGGAAGCUGGUUUUUACCCUCACAAAGGAAUGAGCCUAACAAGGAUGACUUUGUGGUUGCAUCAUCCAAGAAGACUAUGCCUUCUGCUUUUAACAAAGAUGAUAACAUAAUUUCCAGUUCCCAUUCUCCGCAAAAUGUUCUCCUUCCUAACAGUCAGAGUGGUGGGACCUUCACCUCUGUUACUGGUUCAAAUGGUUAUGAUCCUUGGUUACAGAGUGCUUUGUUUCCACCACUGUCUGGUGGACUUAAAGCUCAGGAGAGUGCUCCUCAGAAUGAAAUGAUGUAUGGGAGUCCCAGUGUGUCUGCUGGCAACCAUAUGCUUGAAUUUUCUCCUACUAACAGUUGGUCCAAAAACGAAUGGCUUGUAAAUGGUUCUGUGGAAGGCAUAGGGAAGUCAUCUGUUGCAAGACCUCGUAAUGGUGGUCUACCUCCAACCUCAGAUGUACAGUCAUUUUGGUCAUUUGAUUAAGAGGAUAGGGUAUGAGAGACUUGAUAAACACCUUUGUUCUCUUGAGGCAAAUAGUCUCUUUUGGGGGAAGAUUUUAGAAUACUGAACCCAUUGUAUCUUCCUUUCUUCUUAAUGGAGGAAGAUUGAUAUUUACUUAACUUUAGUGUUGAUAGGAAUACAUGUUAGUGAGUGCGUGCCUUUCUGAGGCAAGUAACAAGAGGUGCCCCCACCCCCAUUUUGACUUACAAUUUGUCCUUUGGCGAAUGGAGGUUCACAUUCACCCUCGUGCCAUCAUCUUCAAAUAUCUUAAUGAGAAAUAAACUUAUACUAA